UUUUUUUUGGAGGCGGGUGAAUUUCAGCAUCCAGUGAGGAUGGAGCAUCUUUAUGUGGAUAUACCAGCAAGCAGAAAUAGUCCUCCUCAAAUCGUGCAUAUAAAAAAUGAUAACACGGCUGAUCAAGCCCGUGUAAAUAUGUGCAGAUCUGCUGCUUUAUUUUGUGCCACGGAGGAAAGAAUUCUGCUGACUGUGAAUUAUCAGCUCAUCUGAUCAAAUCAUUUCAUUAUGUUUCUAUAAAUGGCUGCAUGCUGCUCGCCUGCUUCAGGCUGCUUGUCUUGACUCGACCAUUAUGUGUGUGGGUAUAUGUGUGUAUGCGUGUGUGUGUGUGUGUGUGUGUGCAUCCUUCCGUGGAUGCGACUGAUGGAUGCGAUUGCUGCGGUCCAACAGUAACGCCUUGUCGCUAUCAUUACUGCUCAUCCCUCAUAGACACAGAGAGAGAAGGAGAGAGAAGGAGGAGAAGAAGAAGAAGAAGAAGGGCGGUUGUUGCUCAUCACAAUCUGGUUUUUGUUACAUUCAGCAUGAUCCAACAAACCGUCCAUGGGCUCAGAGCGGGUGGAGAUGCGUAAGAGACAGAUGCAGGUUCAUCAGGAAGCAGCUGCCAGUGUCCUCCAAGCGCGCCACAGAAUGGGAAACACCCCCACCAACGCCUCAAACGCCUGCUGCUUCUGCUGGUGCUGCUGCUGUAGCUGCUCCUGUUUGACUGUUAGGAGCGAGGAUGAGACAAUACAAAGGUCCACGUUUGAACGCAGGACUGAGGGAACCACUAACUGUGAAGAAAGUCUGAAGCCUACCCUAGAAGACGCUCGCUCUUGGCCGUCAUCAUUCGAAAGGGUGAUGAAAAGUGCAGCGGGUCGCAGCUGCUUCAGGCAGUUCCUGCGGACAGAGUUCAGCGAGGAGAACAUGAUGUUCUGGCUCGCCUGCGAGGAGCUUAAAAAGGAGACCAACAAGACUGUGGUGGAGGAGAAAGUCCGUCAAAUAUACGAGGACUUCAUAUCAAUCCUUUCCCCCAAAGAGGUCAGUUUGGAUUCUCACGUCCGAGACGUGAUAAACCGCAACAUGCUGGAGCCGACCUCGCACACGUUCGAGGAUGCUCAGCAGCAGAUCUACACGCUGAUGCAGAGAGACUCGUACCCGCGCUACAUGAACUCGACCGCGUACACGGAUCUGCUGAAGAGCCUGGAGGAGCCUCCCCCUGAGCCAUAGACUCUCCACUGCCACAACAACACUUAGCUUUUCAAAAUGGCGCAUGCGUCCCACCCGAAAGGAGUUUUUUCUGUUCCUGUUGGAGUCCUGCUAUUUAGAGAAAGACAGACAGGAAAAUGAACACUACUUAAAACCAGUCUUUAUCCAGCUGUAACUGCUGUUUAUUUACCCAUGAUUAGCUUACCAAAAUACUUGGAGCAAACAAGAACAAAUGCUAGAUCCAGCAUCCGUUACUUGUUCGAAAACAUAUCUAUAUUUUUAUAUAUUCCCUAGCGCUUGACAUUGCACUUUUCUACCUUGUUUAAUGAGGGAAAGCAUGUAUCUGUGAGCACUGCAUUUGUAUUUAGGUAUAUUGUGAGCCUUAAUGCAUAUCCAGUUCUUGUAGAAACUAGUAGGUUUUAUUUAACAGUAACUUAAGAAGAAGGAAAGUGCCUUGGAAUAAGAUCUUCUACACUAGCACCUUUGGUCUAACAUGAAUGGUGCAACAAUGACUUCAUAUGUUGGUGCUUUCAGCUCUUCUCAAAGAUACAAGUUUUUACAACUCAGUGAGCUGAUACCCGGAACUAGAUCUUGUCUGUGUGUUUCAAUACUGUGAUAUUAGUCAUAUUCUAUUUAAUUUAAACAAAAACAGGGAAAAAGAAACUGAAUACAUGACCAUGACCACUGAUAUAUUUGUGUAUUUAAAAAGGAAUUUGUGUGAAAUAGCUAUUUGAAUUCUCACAAAUUAAAUAAAGCACAAUGGUAUGUUGUUUUUUUUGCUCUUGAAUAUUCAUUCACGUGGUGUUAACAUACAUUAGAAACGCUCCAUGUGUGGAUUGCAUAUUAAGCUGCUUUAAUAUCAUAAGGUUCAUUUUUGCAUACGUGCUUUGAAAACACUUGAAGAUUUAAGUUACUAUUACGGCUUAACAGUUUGUUCAAUUAUUUAGUGUGCAAGAUGUCAAAACACUGGAAAAUGUUGAUCAGCUGUUACAAAAUCCCAGUUUGAUAUCUUUUAAAAUCCAAAACACAGAAAGUAUUAGAUUUACAAUCAUUUAAAACAGACAAAAAAAAAAUCAGUAUAUACUCAAAUUUAAAAGCUGGAAGCAAUAAA